AUGACAGAAGAACCCUUUCUCAACGAAGGCCGCCGUGGCAAGCGCAAGCUCAGCAAGCACAACAGCAACCCGCAAAGCAUCUGCGUGCAAGCUCAGUUGUGCAUCUCUGGCGGUUGGAUGAAGAAGCCAAUUCCUCUUGAUGUUGCGGAUUUUGCUGGCACGGACAUGGUCAGCGUCCAGUCUACAUCCGUGUGGCUUCCUCAAGUCCUCCAGGGGUUUUGCCGUUAUCAAUCACUCGGCUCCUUGUUGCGGUCGGUGUCUCAAGAUCUACAAGCACAAGUUUUGCGAAGCACCGACGAGGCGCAAGAGGCCAAAGCAUCCCGAGCCAAUGCUUUGCGCGCAGAGCUGUGGGAUGAGGACGAGGGGUCGGAGGGCAACGUGGUCGAGGACAGGGUCAAGAUCCCGAGCAACCAUCGAAGAUGUUUGCGGGACCCGUCGAAUGUCUGUCAUCGUGGCCAUAGCUUGACGGUGGCGUGGAGGCGCAACGUCUUCUACGUGGGGGCUACAUCCGCGUCCAUCGCGGCUUUGGUUGAGGUCUUGCGCUCUUAUACCAAGAGCGAGGUUGCCGAGAAGUCGCCCGAGAAGCCGAAGGAAAAGGAGACACGCGUGGAAGAUGCCGACGAGGCUGAGGGCUGCGUGGUGUGGCAAUUUCCAACAAAGACAUGGGUCGUCCGCUACGUUGACGCUGAGGGCAAGAAGCACAUGCGCACCAAAGGCUUACAUGUUCCAGACAAGGGCUUCGAUGGCGCCACUCUCCCCGUCGCAGAGUACAAGCGGAUCCGCAACGAAGUUCGCACCAAGGCCAUCGCGCUUUGGAACGACCUGGACCAGUCUGAGCGACCUAGGCUCGAAACGUAG